CACAACGCCAUUAAGCAACUUUUAGCAACAAAUCGACCUGCCUGUAGUAACCUCCCCUAAACAGUGGUGUGCGUGUGCCCUAUCAUUCCAAGAUGGCGGACCUCCUAGGCUCAAUCUUAAACUCAAUGGAAAAGCCUCCAACAGUCGGCGACAAGGAAACCCGACGAAAGGCUCGAGAGCAAGCAGCAAGACUCAAGAAGAUGGAGGAAGAUGAGAGAAGAAAGAAAGCCGAGUUCAGGAAAAAGAUGGAGAAAGAAGUGUCGGAUUUCAUUCAAGAUAGUUCACAACAGAAACGAAAAUACAAUCCUAUGGGGAAGAUUGAAAGGAGUAUAUUGCAUGAUGUUGCAGAAGUGGCUGGUCUGACUUCUUUUUCUUUCGGAGAGGACGAGGAGAGCCGUUAUGUCAUGCUUUUCAAGAAGGAGUUUGCUCCAUCAGAUGAGGAGCUAGAAGCUUAUCGCAAAGGAGAGGAGUGGGACCCCAAGCUGGCAGAGCAGCGGCGCAGAUUAAAAGAACAGGCUGCAUUGGAAGAAACCGCAUCCAGUCAGACAAAGAAGGCAGAAACAUGUCCCAACUCCAACUACAGAGACAAGUACAGUCACCUGAUUGGCACCUCAGCUGCAAAAGAUGCAGCACAUACACUGGAGGCCAACAGCGCUUAUGGCUGUGUGCCGGUGGCCAACAAGAGGGACACACGCUCCAUAGAGGAAGCCAUGAAUGAAAUCCGAGCGAAGAAACGGCAGAAGCAAGAGGACGACUCGGGGGCGCACAGCAGCAGUUCUUGAGACUCCACCACUUUUGCUUUCUGUUGUCUGUUGUGUGUGUGGGUGUGGGUGUGUGAGCGGUCUAAUUCAUCCUAUAAUGCAAUAUCUUGUACUUCAGACAUUUAAAGUAACUUGUAUGACAGCUGUUGAAUCCAAAUCUUGUUUAGUGGAGGAUGCUUAGGUGUGUCUGAUCAAGGAGCUGGAUUACUAUACUAUAUGUGUUUUAACAUUUGCUUGUGACGUUCUUUCAACUAUCUAAGAUUCUCACACACAUGAUUGGACCCUAUACAGUAUAAGAAACGUGUUUUGAUUAAAAAAAAAAAAAAAAAUGUUUAUGGGUGUACAGCUACUUAAAAACACCUGAUAUCUUAAGUGACAUUUUUAUUAAAAUAUUGACAGUUUUGAGCUAUGGCCAGGCCGGAUGACAUCCUGAAAGCAAAGUUUUAGGCCACUCAUGGCUGAAAAGUCAGUGUUCCAAUUAUCCAAUGCAGUUUAUAAAAGGGAAAAUAUCUAAUCUAUUUUGGGUUAAUUUGGGUUUGUUUUUUUUUAAGUCUCAACCUGUUUCAAAUCUUUGGUAAGUUGGAAGCAUGCCAUUUCCUCCAUCUCAAGAGGAAUCCCAUUUUUAAAAAAAUACAGUUUUGUGGAUUUUAGGAAUCUGUGAUUAAGUCUGAGAUUUUCUUUGUUUCGAUGUACAUCUGCACUGAAUUAAGCUGUUACUCCAAACAAACUACUUUAUUAUUAAGCCAGGCGAUGGCUUGCAAUAGGCAUCACAGUAUAGGGAGCAGGAGUACCAGAAUCAUUGUAGGAAUAUUGGUCACAUCUCUUUUGGUUGUCAUAUCUUCAAGUAAGUUUCUUGGCAUCUUGAUGUCUAUUUUAACAUGUUUGCACGUUGUUAUCCCCCAUGUGUGUUAAUAAAUGGAGAACAGUAUUAAGU